AUGUACAGAGCGCUUUCACCGAUAUUCGAUGUUCCUGAACUCCCUACCCUGCGUAGGGUCAAACCGUUGCCUAAACGACGCCGGACAUCCGAGACGGCCCAUGUUGACGAAUCUAGCGUCACCGCGCGGCCCAUGCUCGAUGCCCCAUCGGAGGAGUUGAUGGCGCAAGCCGACGCCCUGACCGCCCAGAUGGCAUUACAGUCGUACUACAUGCCCGUCCUCGGUGGCGUCCAGGAGCUCUUCAAAAGCCCGCUCGGCUCACCGACAUCGACGCCGAUCGACCUCGGUGGCGCCUCGUUCGGGCUCGGCGAGCUGCGUGGCGCACACGAUGACGACGGCGACGACGGUGCGGACGCUGACUACAUCGAUCACCUGCAGCAGCCGGGCAAUACAAAGAAGCGAAAGGUUCCCGCGAACAUGUCCGGGUCCGUCCACGGGCACCGCGAUGACCCCGGGCUCGGUGCACUCGCAGGUGACGACGACGAGCCAGGCGACCGGGCAAUCCCAACGGGAGCGGCGCUGGAUCGUGACUACGAUACGAUCAGCAUCCAUCCGCCCACGCCGAGCACGGCGCAGGCGCAGCGCAAGGGUCGGCUGCCGCGUGCAACGCUUGCGGGACUGCAGCACAAGGAAAUGUUGAAGAGCCGAAAGCGGCAGCUGGCAGCCGUUCUCGGGGCGUUGUCGCACGGAGACACACUCGCACUAGAUCAGGCGCUGUCGGCGAGCUACCCAUUCACGCGCAUCGGGACCAGCGAGCCGCCGAAGGUACGGCUGUCGCGGCGGCGUGAGGCGCGCCUGGCGCGUGCAUAUAGGGCGUUCCUAGCAUCGCUCCCCGAGGAUGGUGCAAGCGCUGUAGUGCCCGAAUCGGACUUCGGUUUUGUGUGUCACAGCGCGAGUGAGUUGGUGUGCCUUCUGCCUUCCGACCGGCUUGUGGCCACGAAGGAAGAGGUGGCAAGCCUCCAUGCACGCUUUGAGGCCGAGCUUGCUCGACAGGCGCAGAAGGCGGCAGAGGCUGCGAAACAGGCCGCCGCGGCAUUGAAUCGGACGAAGCGCGCAGAUUCCGCGAAAGCCGCCCGCGCCCACGCAGGACGUGGCACCGACCAGAAGGCGGGGAACAUGGAGCAGUCUCUGUUGGGUACGAAGGAGCGCACGGGAAAGAAGAAGAAGCGGUCCGCUCUUGCUAAUGCAUCCAACCCGCACCAUCUCCGCAACUACGUUCCUUCACGGCUACCACACUCGGGACAGGCUAAUGCUACUCAGGCGGGACAGAAUACCCAGAACCUCCUCAGUCCGCUGCCGCUACGUUUCCUCUCCGCGGACCUGCCCCCACGGCGCCGCAAGAAGAGCGAACGCCCUGCAGCGCCGGUAUCGACGCUCGCGAACCCCACAGACGAGUGGAUCUGCCCGUUCUGCGAGUACAGCCUGUUCUAUGGGGAUGAGGCGGGGUUCCAGCGCGCGCUGCGAAGCCGAAAGAAGAUCCUGCGCCGUCGCCGGCGUGCGCGAGAACGUGCUGCCGCUGCCGCGAGCGGCACGUCUACCGCGAAAGCCUCGGAGAAGGACACGUCUGCACCCGAAGAUGCGCACGCGGACUUCGAUGCCACUGCCGCGGAGGAUGAGAUCCCUGCGGCUGGCAAACGCCGUGGACCGAUCCCCGCGGCACGCAAAUUGACGUGA